AAUUAAAACGCAAAUAAAAAAGCUGUCAAUAAUUCAAAACCAAAAGUUGUACUAGUCUCUCUCCUCUCUCUCUUUCUCUCUCGCUCGCUCUAUUAUUCCAAUUCUCUCUCUCUCUGACGAUCCCCUCGUUUGUUCGCUAGGGGCUCAUCGUUGCGAGAUCGGCUUAAAGUUUCUAUUUUGAGGAAGAUUAACAGUGUCUUGGCUGCAGCAGUGAGAAAUGGAGAACAAUGAAACAGGAUGCCAAGCCCCUCCAGAAGGACCCGUCUUGUGCAUUAAUAACUGUGGCUUUUUUGGAAGUGCAUCCACUAUGAAUAUGUGCUCCAAGUGCCACAAGGACAUGGUUAUGAAACGAGAGCAGGCUACACUUGCAGCAACAUCCAUUGAAAAUAUUAUAAAUGGGUCAUCGAGUGGCUGUGAGAAAGAACCUGUUGCUGCAGGAACUGUGAGUAUGCAAGUUGAUCUUCCAGAGCCAAAGAUCAUAUCUCUGCCUUCACCUAUUGUUUCAGGCUCUGGUGAAACUGAUGAAACAAAGGCCAAAGAAGGUCCUAGUCGAUGCAGCACUUGCAAGAAACGGGUUGGAUUAACUGGCUUUAAAUGUCGCUGCGGUAACCUCUUCUGCGGAUCACAUCGCUACUCAGACAAACAUGAGUGCCCAUUUGAUUACCGCACUGCUGGACGUGAUGCAAUAGCCAAGGCUAAUCCUGUUGUCAAGGCGGAAAAGCUUGAUAAGAUAUGAAGCUGGUGGGAAAGCUUUUAUUGGCUUAAUGUGUUGAUCUCUCGAGGGAUUUUAUGUUGGAUGAUUAUAAUAUCAGAUGUCAUCUUAUAAUGUUUGAUUCCGCUUUCAUUUUAUUAUGUUUGUUUCCUGUGAGGAAAGGCUUAUAUAAUGUCCCAAGUCUUUCAGUUUGCUGCUUUGGUUGA